UUGUUAACUGAAGUUCGUGAAAAAGAUGUUAACAAAUCAGAAACAGAUAAAAGAUAUUGCGAGGAAAAGAUUAUUUCGUGAAAAGGCGAAGAUUCAAGGCGAGAUCCUUCCUCACUGUGUCUGAUGGUGAAUUUUAUCAAGUACUUAGUUCCUUUUUCAUGAGAACAUCGGUUGUGGUGGAAGUCUAAAUGGGAAGUUUAUCUUUAAUCCUACAGAUCGCACUUUGGAUAUCUGGAGCAGCUUGAAUUUAAAAUACUCUCAUAAAAACACAGUCAAUAUAUCUCAAUUGCACUCCGGGACUAAUGCGUAACUUUAGGAAGUCGUAACAUCUAAGCAGUAAAAUCUAGCAAAGUUGUGAGGAGUCCUUUAAAAAUCAAAUAAGCCUGUGUCACCGGGCACGGGCCAACAAUACCUGUUAUCGAAACGGUAAUCACCGUGUUUUCAAUAGCACGUAAAGCAUUUGCUAAAUGAACGCAUUUUCUCCAAUGGCUUUGACGCCAUUGCUUGGAUCAUCCUGUUAGUGUUUUAAUUCAGUCAUUAUCGCGACUACAUUGUCGCUAAGACGAGAGAGAUCGUAAAUUGGAGACACUAGUAGUUUUUUUUUCGUGUCAAAAUUAGACGGAAACAAAAGGAAACUCCUCAUCACGGCUCAACUUAACGGCGGUAUGACGUCAUCAUGACAGUUAAACAAGAUAUGCGCUCUAGUCUCGUCCCAAAUCAUUUUCCUUCUUGUGCCUUUAUUAUCCGUUUAUCGUAAGAAGAGACGUGACGUUUGAAGAGGAGCCGAUCUUAAAGCGGUCUCAACUGCCAUCGAGUCGAAGCCAGGUGGAUACGUAUGGAAAGCAUCACAUCCCACUAAGCAUAACGGACCGUUAAUUAAUCGUGUGAAAGAAAUUCGCGUUUUCGCUAAUGCCGCCGCCGAGAAGCUCGCAUGGAAUCGUCCCUAGGGUACAAUGGUAGUGAUAUUACAGGCGGUUCUAUUACAGCCAACCAGAGAUGUGCAUCAGCGGUGUAUUUUGCUCUGGCUUCGCUUGUUGUUAUAGCCGGGAAUGUACUUACAUUAUGCGUUGUUGGGAAAAAGAAGCGGAGAAAGCCAACCGACCUACUUCUUGGCGUUUUAGCGGCAACAGACCUCGCGACACCAGUUUUAGUGCUACCAUUUCUAGUGAUGUACGGAUCGACUGGUUCUUGGGCAGGCGGCAAAGCUGCGUGCUUUAUGAGCGCUUUUUUAUCAAUGUUUUUAUUCAAGUUUUCUAUGCUGGUCGCUUCUCUAGUUGCUAUUGACAGAUACCUCGCUAUUUCCAAGCCUUUUUUCUAUAGAUCAAAAAUCCUCAUUCGACCUACUAGAUAUGCCGUGGGCCUGUCCGGAGUGUACAGUUUAGCACUGGCCCUAAUCCCCUUCUCCGGGAUACUUUUAAAAGUGCACAAAAUUCACACUUCCGAGUGGCCGCUAUGCUUUUUCCAUUGGUUGGCAGAGCAACACGCAAAAACCUUGACUACUACGUACAUUAUCCUAUGCAGCAUAGACACUGGGCUAGCUGUACUAGUCGUUCUUCUAUGUAAUAUCGGCGUGGUGGUUUAUUUUGUUAAAAGACGACAUCAGCGCGGGAAAAAUGUUGCCCCCGUCGAAAGCGUCGGCGAGCGCCCGCUAUCAUUCUCAAUGCGUCCACCGCGCAAUCACUCUCAGAGAAGAAACGAUUUGAAGUACGCGAAACUCAUGUCAGCUGUGUCCUGCUACUUUCCACUUUGUUUCCUCCCUAUUCAGGUACUAGUGACGCUGCAGCACAUAGGGGCAGUGUCGAUGAAACACUCCGCAGUCGCACAUUACCAGCUACACGCAGUGCUGAUAGGUCUUCUCCUCAAUCCAUUGUUACAUGCCUUUAUUAGGAAACACUACAGACGCGCCUAUUGGUUUAUCAUCAGGCAUCCCAGAGCGCUUUGCGUUACGUUCAACGGCGAGUUCGACUUUGAUGCCGAUUACCGGGAGAUCUCAGAGUUUGAGCGAAAACAAAUGACUCUACGAGAGAUCAGCGUGACUGCCCUCGCUACUGCUCGCUUCAGGGCGAGGAUCAGGAAGACUAGAGCUGAACAAGCAGAUAACCUCAAUCAUAAAGUGACGCAGUCUCCAAUACCAACUAUUGUAAAGCGUAAUCCCUCACUUGAUAGCGACACGAAAAGUUUCAAAGACUUCGGAAGAACAUCAAGCGCCACGGAAUGCUCAGAGUCCUCUCCGAUGAAUCUUCGAGCACGGCGCGAGUUUCAUCGAAGUUUAUCUUGGACAUCAUCGUAUUUCAGCGAUUACGACGGCGAAUCCCUCCCUCCCUCCCCCGGAUACUUGCUGGUACCACACCUUACUGCUCGUGUGAGAUCACGUGUAUCAUCGACGGACGACUCGGACAAGACGACCAUCUGCUCGGAGCACACAAUUAACGCUGGAUCACUUAGGCCAUCCUUCUGUUCGGUUAACGAUGGCUCCGUUAGACAAUCAUUUGAUUUCGAUGACUCAAGACGCCCCCAGUCUCACUCAGAGACGAUCAGAGUAAGUGUCCAAGAAGACCCGUUGAACAUGUACCAUAGAGAAAACCAGACGCUUGAAUCACACGUGGUCAUUGCACAGGCGGCUCGACAGGCAAACCAGCUUGUUCAACCAUUAAAUAUAUCACGGCGGAACAGUUACAAGAGGCGUUACCGCAGGAAAAGUGCCGCGUGACAUUAAAAAAUAUAAGAGGACAAUAUAGAAAUAAGACCGGUAUGACCGGGGAGCCAUUUAGGGUGGUAGUUCAGUACUACUAUGGUAAGAAAUAAAAGUAUGACUGGGAAGGAAUUUAGGAUGGUAAGUCUGCUUUGGUGAGAAAUAAGAGUGUAUGACGGGGAAGGAAAUUUUAAAAGAUGGUAGGUAGUACAUUUGGCAGUGGCAUUUAACACACAACCAAAAUAAUGGAAAGUUCAAAGCAUUUAUGUGGACAGUAACUGUAGAGAAAAAUUUAUAGAUGCACAAUGUCCCCAUUAGCCAAAAAUGGCAUUUAAUUUUUUUAUUAAAGGAUAAAACUAUAAUACAAUAUUGAAAUGCAAUUUCAAGAUGUGUUUUGUUUAUAACUAAGGCAUUGCUAUGAGAAAACCUCAAAUAUAAUAAAAGCACCAAAUAAACUGA